AUGAUCAAAGUUGAGCAGUCAAAGAAGAAAACGGGUGGAAUUGUGAAGCUGAAGAAUGUUGUAGAGAGGUUAGUGCAAAUCAAAGGCUUUUCCACGGCCAAGAAACCGUGUGCCGACGAAUACGGCCGUGACUGCGUCCCAAAAGAUGUGAAGCAAGGUCAUUUUGGGGUGAUAGCAGUUGAUGGAUGUCAUGAGCCUACCCAAAGAUUCGUUGUCCCAUUGAUGUAUCUAGAACACCCCAUGUUCCGGGAGCUACUAGAAAGAGCGGAGGAGGAGUUCGGUUUCGAUCACGAGGGAGCCCUGAUGGUACCUUGCCGGCCAAGCCACCUCCGGAUGAUAUUGACCGAGCAAUGGUCUUAG